UGGAAGACAGUUUGGAGAAUUAAGAAAAAGUAGAACUAUUUUAAAGUGAAGUUAAUGAUUCAACGAGGGCAGGUUCCCUUUCAGGAUGAGUCUAUUUAACUGUAUGACUAAAGUGUUCAGUCCAGAUCUAUCCUCCUCCUCUCUAGUCCUGCCCUGCUGGGGCUGGAUUCUUUGAACAAAGAUGUGGCGUUUUUCUGGGACCAUCUUUUGGCUAGCGAUGCUGAUUCCUGGAAAACUCAGCUUGAAAUUGCAAUACAAUGGGGAUCAGGUUUUGCAUAUUGUGCCAGAAACAUUUCAGCAAGUCCAGCACCUUCAGCAUCUUUGCAGCACUUUACUGCUGGAUUUGUGGAAGCCCUGGCUGCCUGAAGACAUCCAGGCUGGAGAAGACCUGCACAUAAGGGUCCCAGCCCCUCUGGUGCAGGAGGUGAAGGACAGCUUAGAUCAGCAUAUGAUCUCCUACAAGGUCCUAAUACCUGAUGUACAGGAUCUUGUGGUUCAGAGCAUGGCAGGGGAGAGGAGAAGCCAAAGGCAGGUCCCAGGAGAUUAUGUCUACACCGAAUAUCAUCCAAUGGAAGAGAUUUAUCAAUGGAUGACUCAGAUUCAGAACAGCAACAGGGAGCUGGUGACUCAGCACUACUUGGGCAUGACAGUCGAGAAUCAACCUAUAUACUAUUUGCAGAUCAGUCAACCAUCAGAUAAAACCAAGAAGAUCGUUUGGAUGGACUGUGGGAUUCAUGCCAGAGAAUGGAUCUCUCCAGCCUUCUGCCAGUGGUUUGUGAAAGAAAUUCUUCAAAAUUACAAAUCUGACCCAAAGACAAGCAGAUUUCUGCAGAAUUGGGACCUCUAUGUGUUGCCAGUCCUCAAUGUUGAUGGCUACAUCUACUCCUGGGAAACCGAUCGCUUGUGGAGGAAAAACCGUUCUCCACAUAUGAAUGGCACCUGCUACGGGACAGACCUGAACCGAAACUUCAAUUCCUCCUGGGGCACUAUUGGUGUUUCUUAUAACUGCAGCAGUCAAACCUUCUGUGGAUCUGGACCAGAAUCAGAGCCUGAGACAAGAGCUGUGGCUCAGUUUAUUGAAAGGAAGAAGAGUGACAUUUUGUGCUAUUUAACAAUUCACUCUUAUGGACAGUACAUCCUCACUCCCUAUGGUUAUACAACUACACCUCCAAGUAACAAUGAAGAACUGAUGUAUGUUGCAGAGAAAGCAGCUGCUGCCCUGAUGGGAAAGUACGGGACCAGCUAUGAAGUAGGAUCAACCUCUUUAAUUUUAUACAGUAACUCAGGCUCCUCACGGGACUGGGCUCACAUGAUUGGCAUCCCUUUCUCCUACACAUUUGAACUGCGAGACAAGGGUACUCAUGGAUUUGUCCUACCCCCUGCGCAGAUCCAACCUACAUGUGAGGAGACUAUGUUGGCUGUGACAACUAUCAUAGACUACGUUGAUCAGAAGUACUUCCCAGAUGGGGCUGUGACGCUGACCUCCGGCAGCCUGGGCCUGAGCCUAAGCCUGAGUAUUGUACUUACAUGGGCUGUUGCUUAAAAAAGGCAUAGAGAACCCAGCAAGAGACUCCCAUGUGAAGUAUAAUGUCCCUUUGAAAACGCAAAAUUACAUGAGUAGAGGAACUAAAUGUCAAAUAUUUCAAUAAAGGCUCAUCCCACAAAACACAAGCAUCCACUUGUGUUUGUGAUCGCUGCACUUCAGGGAAGGAGGAAAGGACUGAGAUCUGUGGUGAUUUCCCAAGCUUCACUUGCUGGCUCUGCAAGAAGCCAGAUGAGUACACACAGGGACAGAGCACUCCCUGGGUUUUGAGCAUGUUUUCAGGGGCUCACCCUGGGUCUCUCUGGCAGUAGCAGGAUGCAUGUUACACUGAAAUGUCCCCAUACCCCACAGAAAAUCAGACACCUUCCUUGACCUCCACCUUCCUUCCCUAAACUGCCACAUUGGCAUUUACCAGAAAAGAGAGGGCCUCAAAAGCUGGUGAAGGUCAUAAUCAGGCAACCAUCGGCACCAGCCUGAAACAAGCUGAAGAGUUGAGCUAAUGCAAGUGUGUGGGGACAGAGCUGUGGCCCUGUCACUUGGAUGAAGUCAGGUUAGUGAAGAUAGAAACUGCCCAAAUCCUUCAAAAAUACAAAAGGGAAAGGGGAAGGAAAAGUGAUCCUCCUGCAAACCUGCAAGCUCACCUGGGUACCAGAGGAAAGGAAACGUUUCAGCCCAUUGAGCAGGGACCCUCCAACUGAGCCACCCGAAAGGAAACAGCAAGGAAAGAGCUUCUGUGUUGUGACAGCCAACACCAGAGGGUGCAGGGCAUUCACUGAAACAGAGGACACCUCGUUUAGCUGCAUGCUGUCUGCUUUUGAAUCCAGGAGUCUUGCAUCCCAGAAAUAAGUCCACCAGGCUUGGCUAUUACAGAUAAUAGAUUAAUUAUUUUGUAUGAAAUGUCUGAUUUUCUUAGCGAAUUUCAAGAUUCCACUAAAAAAUUGAAAGUGUUUUAACCAGAGAUUUUUGACAAGAUACUUCCAGCUUUGGGGAAGAGAAUGCUCUUUUUUCCUGUGACUUCUUGAAGGCGAAUGCAGAUCAAGAGCUUCUGCCAGAAAACUCACAGACAAAGGACACUGAGAGGACUGAAAUAUAACUUUCCUCAAGUUAUAAAGUACAGGGAGACUCUGACUUUACUAUGAUCUCACAGAGGGUCUGUGGCAGAACCUGGAAAAUUAUUUUGUCCAGUUCUCUUCGAAGAGAAGGACGCAUAACCCUUGACCAUGGUACCGUUAAAAAAAAGAUAAAACCUUGCAGUAUUUUUCCAAAGCUCAUCUUAUUGUCAUUUUGUCUCUACUGUUAGUUGACAAAUCUUAUCUCCUGUGUUCAUUGUUACCAGAUUAUUACCAAUUGGUGUAGCUAAAUCUGUCUAACUCCUGCAGGUUCCCCAGGGCUUAGUCCUUCCAGACCAACCACUCAUUUGCAGUAAGUCCCGUCUGUCACUGGGCUCUGUAGCAGAAGGUGUCACUAAUUAGCACUUCUCCCCACAGGAGCAUCGCUCCUCAAACUUACGUUUAGUUUAGGAUGGGACUUGUAAGUUUUUAUGUUUGUAUUUGUAUAUUGUGUCUUUGGAACUGUAAGAAGCAAGAGCAGUCCAUCUAGCCCAUGACUGUGACCUCUCCUUAAGCAAGUGGGGUUUGACCAGGAGUGUUUCGUAGCCAUUUGCUGGCAAACAGCAGUGAAGUUCCCCAGUGCCACCAGCAGCAGAUGGCAGUGCCCUUGGGGACCAAUGCCCACACGCUCACCUUGCCAAAGCCAACCUGAGCUUGGGCUGCCACAAAGCACUUUCCAAAAGUAACCUGCGACUACUCUGGUACAAAAAUGCUGUCUGUCAGGGAGCACUCACCGGAUUCAGAGGUGCCGCACACCCUAUAUGCCCUGAGCCAGAGAGAAAGGGAGCUGCUUUUGCUGAUCUUGUGUACCUUCUGAUAAAAUGGUUUACCACUAGAAGACACAACCAGGUGUGUCCCAAAGUUAAUUAGCAGGUUUGUGUAGACUGGCUCAAUCCCUCAUUAGCUCCUCUUGUAAUAACCACUAUCGGGCAGGGGAAGAUGCCACCGCAGGUGUCACUGAGGCAGGGGGAUGAGGGGAGAAUUUGCUUCCAGCAUCCCCAGCAUCCGAGAAUCAUAGAAAUGGAGAAGACUUCGCCAGAAAAAAAAUGAGUUAUUGGGCAAUAAUCAUUAUCUAGAAGAAUGUCUGCUGCUCUCAGCUCCUUGGAUCUGUCAGCAAUGACUCACCUGCUUUGCACAGAGAACCCACAGAUGAAUACAGGGUGUAUUUUAUCAGCCACGUUUUUGCAAAGGAAAAUUUCAAAGAAAACCGUAGUUUGCGUAUCUCUAUGAAACUCCCCUUACUUCAUGAAUCCAUUGUCUGGCUUUAUCUCUCCUGCAUUCCUUUGUUGCUUUCUCUGACCCUUGACGGGUUUUGCUUUAUGAUGAAGUACGGAAAGAGCUGCGUUCUGAUUUCUUGCACAUUCCGAGAAGCACAGCAUUAGCCUAUUGAGACAACAGCGUGACUUUCAAUCUAUGUGUAACACUCACGUGUAACACUCACGCAAAAGUAAGUGUUAUCAUGUAAAACUAAAAUGUUUUUUUAUUCAUUGUUGUUUCUCCCCAACAAUUUUACCAAGACCCACGCCCCUUGCCUUUCUCACAGUUAAACACCCAAAUCAUGCUUGCUUUGUUAUAUAAUUAGUAUUGUGAAGGAUUAUUUACUUUUGGUCAUUCAGGUUACUGAAUAAAAACAAGGGCAUCCCUCUUCUGAGUAACAGUGUUCUAUAUUACCCUUGUUAACAUUUUGUCUGUAAUAUAAAAAUAAA